AUGAUUUCCGUAGCACAAAUGCCAAUGCGACUCGGACGGGCAGCACUGCGGCUAUGGCUCAGGGGCCUGAAUCUUCCCCGGCAGCCACAAGCGUCCUGGCAUCGAGACCGGCUUCGCGAGGAGCUCCAGGAGCUCCGGCUGGCGGAAACACAUAUUUCGAGACUAAGUGAAGCCUCAGACGUCAUGUUUUCAAUCACCAGGGCUCAAUAUGAUGGAUUUGCAUCUCGUCGGGUUCCUUCUUUUUCUGGGUAUCAGGUAGCCCCAAUCUGUUUUUACAUGUUGGCCAAGUUUACCUCGCGUUGGCUCUUCUUCAGAGUAGCAGCUCGCCUAUGCAAAAAAGACGAUUGGGCUUCGAUAUGUGAGGUAGUCAAUCCGACCAAGGAUGAAAAGGUGACUUCGGUGGCCCAUCGUCAUCAACUGGACCCUCACAAGUUCCGGCGACCUUCAACUGCCCCACCCCUCAACGGCAAUGGCAGCCACGAACCCACGCCUGACCCCUUGGGGUCAGUCGACUGUCGAAAGCCAGUCAUCAUUGGACUCUAUGGCCUCCCCGGAUCUGGCAAAUCAUUUUUGUUGAAUAUUCUGAAAUGUGGCCUCAGCCAGGCCGAAUUUUCCUUUUAUGAUGGCAGCCAAAUGAUUGCAACGGUCACGCCUGGCGGCAUACAGGCUUUUCAAAAGUUGAACGACGAUGAAAAAGGAUUGUUUCGUGGCCGUGCAAUUCAAAAGAUCAAGCAAGAAAGUUUCCACAGUGGAAGAAGUGCGAUAGUCACUGGGCAUGCCAUGUUCUGGGCCGAGGAAGAAUCCACCGGUCAAGUGGUGUGCACACCAGCUGAUCUGGACUGUUACACACACAUCUUAUACUUGGAUGUGCCCCCCAAAGACAUCGAAAAGUAUCGAUCGAGUGACUCGAACCGAGGUCGCCCGGUGGCGUCAGUUGCUCAUUUGACCAAUUGGCAAAAGGAGGAAAAAAGGCACUUGCGUCACAUCUGCAGAUCUCACGGUAUCAUCUUCACGACCAUCACUCAACGUCAGAUCACAAUGGGAAAAAUCGUCCCUUUCAUCCUGGAUUUGAACAGUCACACAGAAGAUCUGAACUCUAGACUGGCACAGAAACAGACGGACGACUUCAUCAACGCCGGAUCCGAACAGCCAGAGACCGUCCUGGUCUUUGACGCCGACAAGACGCUUGCGCCACAGGACAGCGGUGAGCUGUUCUGGGAUAUGGCUCCCGGACACUUGACCGAAACGGGCGAGAGACAGCCCUUGAAAAGCUUGUUUAGCAGCCCUCUGCAUUACUCAUAUACCGGCUUCCGCCAGGCGACACUCCUCUGUGAAGAGAUCAUCGGCGACGAUCACGAAUUUGAUGACUGCUGCGAUAAAGUGGCCAUCAUGAUUAAGGUUCAUUCUGAAAUUUUAGAUCUCCUGCACUUGGUGUCAGGUCAGACCCACGUCCGCGCGAUUGUGUUGACCUGCGGGCUUCGGAGGGUCUGGGAGAAGGUGUUGCAGAGGGAGGGCUUGGCGAAAACAGUCCCAGUCAUUGGCGGGGGUCGGGUGUCCGACGCUCUUGUCAUGACACCCUCCCUGAAAGCAGCACUUGUGAGUCGUUUGCGUCAUGUGCAUAAGUCUUACGUCUGGGCUUUUGGCGACAGCCCACUGGACCUGGAAAUGCUUCAAGCGGCCAACCAAGCAAUAGUUGUGACGGGCGACAAAGCGUGGCGAAGUGCCAGCAUGGACGAGGCAUUGACGAAAACUAUCGGAAAGGCUGGAUUUCAGCCACGCCAGGCUGUGCUUCCGUCAAAUGCGACCGCUCGCCUCAGCGUGUCCCAGCUGCCUUUAGUACAGUUGACGGAUCAAUUCUUUCAUGAGUCGCUGUUUGUCCGGCGGCAAAGUCUUCACCUCCUUCAUGCUACUGAUUGUUCCUCGGCCAAACUGCUGAUGACACCAAUGCGCGAUGCAGCGGUCUCGGGGCCAGCACUGCGGGAUGCACAUUCUCAGGUUGGGUGGUAUCUUGCCAUUGAAUUCUGUAGCCAAAUUCUCGGCGUUGAGAAAUACCAUAUUCCCCACGUUCAAGGUCAUCAAACAGAAGGGUUUCGAAUUCUUCAUGAGAAGGACACUUUGAUCGUACCCUUGAUGCGAGGUGGUGAACCAAUGGCACUGGGCGUGAGCAAGGCUCUACCACUUGCCAUGUUUCUUCAUGCCAAGGUACCUGCCGAAAUACGGCAUAAGCAUCUUCAAGACCGCACGACAGUCAUCCUUGUUGACUCCGUGGUCAACACCGGCCAGUCAAUCUUGGAGUUUGUGCGACAUAUUCGACAACUGAAUUUCUCUAUCCGCAUCAUCGUGGUUGCUGGUGUCAUCCAAGCAACAUCGAUUUCCACGAGUAUGAUUGCGCAAGAGCUCUCACGAUUCCGGCGUCUGUCUUUUGUUGCUCUUCGGCUGUCGAAGAAUCAAUUCACUGGCAAAGGCCCCACCGAUACGGGGCACAGGCUUUUUAACUCCGUGACCCUUGAUUAG